AUGGCAUUGGGAACAGCCGACAGCAUCGAUGCCCCCAGAGAUCCCCUGCCCAAGCCGCUGGGCCCGCAUCUGCGCCUUCUUGGUAUAAACGCCGGCGUCCCGUUCGGAGUCCUCACUUCUGCGCUGGACGCGCUUCAGAUUCGCCCUGCCGUUGCAUUGUUGGUGUGCGACCCAGACACUCACACGCCGCAAGUCAAGUCAAAUCCUGUCAGCAGCAGCAGCAGCAGCAGCAGCAGACCCUUCUCGCCCGAUCCCGCUCGCUCGCUCGCUCGCUCCGCCGAACCGAACCAGAGCAUUGCUGCCGUUAAGAUGAGCAUUCAAUAUCGGCGUCUGGACCCUUCGAGGCGUGAGAUCCGCCUGCUUGAGAUUCAGUCCGCGCGCAGCCUCAGCGAUCCAGUCGAGUGUCGGCUCGUCACAGUUCGCCUGACGGAUGAGCUGUCCCGCGAGUACAUCGCCCUCUCGUCACUCUAUGGCGACGCGGCCGAGACCGAAAAGAUCUUCGUGGGCGGCCAUGCCGUCACUAUCACGGCUCAUCUGGCUCAGGCACUGAAGCAGGUCCGCGCCGUCUUCUAUCCGACUAUCUCGCAGCGCUUCCAAAGGACGCCGGCCAGGCGGCCUCACGGCGCCCCGAGAUGGCUUAGGCAGCUCUUCGGUCUCGGUAGCUCACGUCAGAGUGACCUGGAGUCGAGGUGUUUGAGGGUGUGGUGCGACUUCCUCUGCGUCAACCAACGUGACGACGUGGAAAAGUCCAAGCAGCACACGGACAUGCGUAACAUCUAUCGCAACGCGGAGCUUGUCGUCGGGUGGCUGGGCGACAAGAGGGACGACACCGAUGAGGCCAUGGCCGCUCUCGCGCGGAUCGAGGACGCCAUGCCGCCCCACUGGGGCGACCCCGGCGACCGCGAAAAGCACCCCGAAGACUACGCGCCAUUUCACAAGUGGGCGGUCCCCAUUGCGUCUCUAUGGGCUCCUGGUCCCGACGGCGAAAUUCCGUUCCUGAUGCCACAUUGGGCCGGUGCCAACGACUUCAUGGGCCGCUCCUACUUUCAACGUCGCUGGAUCCUUGAAGAGCUCGCCAUGGCAAGGUUCCCUACCUUUUUGAUUGGAGACACCAUUGUUCCGUGGAAGCAGGUACUUCGCUUGAACCGCAUGAUGGAGGAAUUUAAGUAUCAUCCGUCCGACAUCUUCCCCGCGAACCUAUCGGCCAUGAUAGCCGAGUUACCUCUUGAGACAGCGCACAAGCUUCUCGAUGAGUUUGCAAAGCGAGAGGCACUAGAGGAGGCCCAGAUCCUCAAGGAGACGGGAAGCAGCCGGGCGACCUCGUCCACGCGAUCCACCGACACCAAGUAA